GUGGUUGGUCCAGAAAAUACAGUUAAUUACAGGAGUGUCUAGUUUAAAUUUUUGUAUUACUCCAAACAUCUUAUUAUUCUAAAUUGCCCGAUUUUACCCCAAAUGGGCUAAUUACCCUACGGUUGGCAACUCUGUAGCAAAUUGGAAUCAUAAUAAGCAGACAACUGCAACCUCAGUGAUAAGGGAUUAAGGUUAACUUUCGUUACUAAAUAAUUGCAGCCAACUUCUGUAUAACUUGUACUCAAUAUUGUUGUUUGUAAUGGUUUACUAAUAUACCGAAUUUGUUACAACACAACAUUCAUAUAAAAUUUAAUUAAAUGUUCAUUAGAGGAUGAUGGCUGUUCUGCAAAUCUGAGAUGUUUAUUAUUAAUAAUUAAUAUUAGUAUAAUUAUUAUACUAAUCAACAGGACUGAUUGUGUUAUUUGUAGUGCUAUAUUUAUGGAGUGUUUGUAGUGGUUGAAUAAAGAAAGCAGUUGGUUAGUUGAUAAACAAGUUUUUGUUUUGGUAUAUAGACUAGUUGAAUUUGGAUCUUUGAGUUUGAAUUCAGAUUGACAGAUUAAUUCACUGUUCUACUGUUGACAUUCAGCAUUGUUGAAAAAUGGCAGACGUCAAUGUAAAGAAGUUUGAGGCUGUUGGAUUCCAUCCUGAUAAAUAUGUCAAAGAAAUAUCUCAGGUUUGUGUUGGAGGGCAAGAGCUUCAACAGUUCCGUUCUAAAAUACAAACAUUAGCUGAGGAGAGCAGUGCUGCAUUGAAAAAAAAUGUUUACCACAACUACAUGCAAUUUAUUGAGACUGCCAAGGAAAUUGCCCAUCUAGAAAGUGAAAUGUAUCAGCUGUCUCACAUGUUAACUGAACAAAGGACCCUGCUGUCUACUCUAGCCAGCUCGUCAGUGGCACCUCCAGCUCCUCUGGAGAGUCCCCAGCUUGAAACCAAAGCUGAAGACAAACGAAUAAACUUGUUGGCAGCUAUUGCUGAAAAAGUUGAAGGCUGCGCAAGCUUACUGGAUAAUAAGGGACGGGGCUUAUGUCACGAGGGUGAUCUCCAGGAGCUGGAUCCUCUAGAGAACACUCCUUUGCAUAGGGUUCAUGCAUACCUGUUGACUGAUAUCUUGCUUAUUGCCACUUGGAUUUCAAAUAGGAAAGGUCCAGCAAAGUAUAAGUUUCAAGCUCAGUAUGAGUUGGACAGUCUAGCAGUUGUUAAUGUAAGAGACUUGGGUAAUGUGAGGCAUGCUUUCAAGCUGCUUGCCUUUCCAGACUCCAGAGUGUUCCAGUGCACCAGUAACAGUGCCAAAAAAGAAUGGUUAGAUCAGUUUGAAAAGGCUAAAAAAGCAAAAAGCAAUCAAGAUCAUCCAAAGCGUGAAGCUUUGUCUACAUCAGACCAGCAUUUCUUGGUGCCAGCAGAUUCUAUUGAUUCAUCAUCAAAUCCAUUUGGCGAACCAGAGGAAGGAGAAAAUGUAGAAGAAAAUGUUGAAUGGCUGAGAGAGGUUUCAGAGGACCUUGAUGUUUACAUUGCUCAAAGACAUUUUGAGGAAGCUCAUUCCCUAAUAGAAAAAACAAGAGAAUGCUUAGAUAAAGCUCCAAGUUUACCUGCAAAUAUUGAGAUUAGGCGUAAGCUAGAUUUACGAGUAGCAAGCUUAAUAAAUGCUCUUACGGCUGAACUUACAGUAUCAUCAGAAAAAAGCUUUCAGGGUGGGUUGCGAGCAGCUAGACGAUCUGUUCGUCUUUUAAAUUUACUAGGAAGAUCAACUCAGGCUUGUGACCUGUUUCUCCAACUCUGUACAAGCAUUCUGAAAGCACAACUAAAAAGAGUGAAAAGAGAAGGUGCUACAGUAACGUAUGUCAAGCGAUUGGGGGGAAUAUUUUUCUCCAAUCUUGCGGACAUGACAAGAGAGUUUUAUGGUCGUGCCUUUCCCAACUCACCGUCAUCAGCCUCAGUGUUUGUUGUGUGGGCUAGUCAGGAGCUCUCUCACUUCACGUCUCAUCUAAUCAAACAAAUCUUCAUGCCUCAGGCUUCAAUAACAUCUCUGGCUGAAUGUGUGCAAACUGUCAGAUCCCAGUGUGAACAGCUGUGUGAGCUUGGGAUGGACCUGUGUUACCAGCUGGAUGGACAACUCAGCACUGCCAUCACCCGCUGCCUGGUGGAGGCACGAGAUAAACUAGUGGAAGCUGUUAAGUUACGAUGUGCAGAGGACAACUGGAGGCGGCUCAAUCUGCAUUCAGUGUCAGCUGUUCAGAAACUACAGAGUGAACUCUCAGAGAGUGGUGUUACCAUAACAAAAUAUGUUACAGGUGAUUUUUGGUUGGAGUUAACUGCAAACACAGUAGCAUUUACAAAACUGUACUUGUCUCUGGUGAAUGACGGGUUACGUUUGGCCAACAGUGACAUGGCAUAUACCCUGGACAGAGUGUUUUAUGAUGUCCUCAGUGCUCAGUUCAAACACUUAGUAUCUUCCAUCAAAUCUGACAAACUUACAGCUCAGCGCUCAGUAAUUUUAAAAAAUGCAUCGUUUCUGUUGGACUGUUUGAUACCUGUAUGUGAGAAACGGUUCUACGAACAUCUGAACACACCAUCACAAAAGUUUCCUCAAAUAUGUCAAGAAUAUUCACCUUUGUUGACAGAGAGUGGUACAAAAUUAACAAGUGUCACAGGAUACAUUUAAGAUAUUUAGCAGUUGAUCCACACUUCUUACAACUAUUGCUUGAACCUGAUGUCGUUCCUUAUGAUGAUUUAAUAUUUAUUAUGUAUUUUACAAUAUAGUUUAUUUGCUACAUCUAUCUCUAUUUAUUUUUACAUAUAAUUUUUAAUCUAUAACGGAUUUGAAUAAUAGUAUUUACUACCUGGUAAAUAAGAAAUGUUCUACCAUUCCUUAUGCUUUCAUUUAUUGGUAAUGCAAAUUAUUUUACUUUUUCCAUUAUAUUAUUGGAGACACUAUAUUGGAACCUUCACUCCGUUACAAGUGGUUACUUUUUUUGUCCUGACCUUAUGGUUUGAUUUAAAUAAGUUGUAUUUCCAGUCAGCUGAUAUUUGAUAAAGUUUGAUAAUGUCUUUUGUUACGAGUAAUUGGCUACUCUUUUUAAGUUUAAACAAAAUAAGUUUCAUUUGGUGUGGAAUUAAUGGUGGUUUGCUUGUUCAGCUCAAGCUUUCUUUAACAGCUGUGUUUAGUUUUUCUGUGUGCUUCAAAUCAAGUGGUAAAGAAAAAUAUUUUGCCAUUUUACAAUACAUAAUUCUUCUGUUGGCUUACCAUACUCUCAACAAGGAUAAAUACAAGGCUUUUCUUUCGUUUUUAUUUCCACAUUUUCAUUUGCCAACAAUGACUUGUUACAAAUUUUGUGGUUCAUCACUAAUACUAAUAAGAGUAUAAAUGUACAAUACUAAAAACUGUUUUAUAGAUAGAUAGUUAAAAGAAAGGAAAAUAAUUUUAAUUAACUUUAACAUCAAAAUAAGUUAAGCUAAAUACGAUUAAACAAAUGAAAUAAAUUAACAUUAAAACCACACAGAUAAAAUGAAGAGAAUCUCAACCAUCCUAUUGUUAUAACACAUAAACAUGGUAAAUGCCUGUAUCUUUUAAAGUAAUUUGUAGUCAAGCAAAAAGAAAAGGAUGUAAAAGUUGCACCAAAAGUAACCUUGUGUCAGCUUCUGAGAUGUACUGUGCAGGAAGUUUGUCACACAUUGAGUAACCGGGUUACCAGUACUCAUGUCUCAUACAUUUUAUAUUUCUAAACAAGUAACUGGUUUACUUAUUAUGCAACCAAAUAAUGUUUAUAAAAUCUAUAAAAUCAGUUAAUGAAAUUAGUUUACUUUGGAAGAACAAAAGAGGCAAUUUAUAAGUUUUGAGUAUGUAUAUAUGUACAUAAUUACCACCAGAAACUAUAAAAGGGACCUUUUUUUAUCUAUUUGGCAUUUUUGUCUAGUAAAAUAUAUUAUACUCUAGGGAUAUUAAAUUGUUUAUAUGGAAAAAAACUAUUAAUUUGGUCAAUAAUAUUUAUCACGUGAUCACACAUGAAUUGUGAAGAGUAUUAUUAGGAAGAUUGCAUCAGUUAGUGCAACUUUUUUAUAUAAGUAUACUAUGUUUUUAUUUAUAUAAAUGUAUGUACUCCAAAUAAAACAUUAUAAAAGUCAGUUGCAUAAAACAAUAAGUAAACAUAAUUGUACAGUAAAAUAAUUGUAAUAUUUUUUCUUUUUUUAGAAAGGAGAGGUUUGAUCUCCUUUCAAGCCUUAUUUUGACCAUUUUCAGCAGCCAGUGACCUGAGCGAGGAUCUCAUUAAAAUAGAAUAAGGGGGAGAGUUUAUACAGUAUAAGGUCAAAAAGUGCUUGUAUCAAAGUCUGGAUUUGAACCCUUACCUACUUAGAUCCUAAGUAUGACACCUUAUACCACAUGGCCAUUGGUCCCUCCAAUUGACCUAAUCUACGUGUUAUAUAUUUUUACAAGUCUUAUGGUUUUUUCAUUAAAACCAAAUUUUUAACUGAAUAGUUUUAUUGUACUGGAAGAGCUGAAAUCAUCUUGAAACAUUUUAUGGAAUAUCUUAAUAAAGUUAUUUUUAGAAAGUAUACUAUAUGUUUUUAUCAAUGGAACUAGAUUCAGUACCUAAGAAACAAGUAUUGACUCACCUUUAUGAACUUAAUGUAUACUUAUUUGCAAGUGUCUUUUUAAGUAUGUUCAAGCUAGAGUUUAAUUAUUUUAUUGUCAGAAUAAUUUGUAUGUACAUAUCAUUGUAAUCAUAUAGUUAAUAUAUUUAAAUCAUAUUUAUAUUUUUCAAAUGUAAAAUAAAAUUAUUUAACAUA